CGAGCGGUGAUUGCGGCGCGCCUGUGUCAGUCCCGGGAGAGAGCGCGGGUGGCGGGCCAGGCCGCUGGACAGCCGCAGGUGGGGCCUGGAGCGGUGGCGGGAUCGAGGCAGCCCCGCAGCCCCGCGCGGGAGCCAAGAUGCCCCGCGGGGACUCGGAGCAGGUGCGCUACUGCGCGCGCUUCUCCUAUCUUUCGCUCAAGUUCUCUCUCAUCAUCUACUCCACCGUAUUCUGGCUGAUUGGGGGCCUGGUCCUGUCGGUGGGGAUCUACGCAGAGGCGGAGCGUCAGAAAUACAAAACCCUGGAGAGCGCCUUCCUGGCCCCAGCCAUCAUCCUCAUCCUCCUGGGGGUGGUCAUGUUCAUCGUCUCCUUCAUUGGGGUGCUGGCUUCCCUCCGGGACAACCUGUGCCUUCUCCAGUCGUUUAUGUUUAUCCUGGGGCUGUGCCUGGUGAUGGAACUUAUUGGCGGCAUAGUGGCUCUGAUCUUCCGGAACCAGACCAUUGACUUUCUCAAUGACAACAUCCGGAGAGGAAUCGAGAAUUACUAUGAUGAUCUGGACUUCAAGAACAUCAUGGACUUUGUUCAGAAGAAGUUCAAGUGCUGUGGUGGGGAGGACUACAGAGACUGGAGCAAAAACCAGUACCACGACUGCAGUGCCCCCGGGCCCCUGGCCUGCGGGGUGCCCUACACCUGCUGCAUCAGGAACACGACAGAUGUUGUCAACACCAUGUGCGGCUACAAAACUAUCGACAAGGAGCGCCUGAACGCACAGAACAUCAUUCACGUGCGGGGCUGCACCAACGCCGUACUGAUAUGGUUCAUGGACAACUACAGCAUCAUGGCGGGCCUCUUACUGGGCAUCCUGCUUCCUCAGUUUCUUGGUGUGCUGCUAACACUACUAUACAUCACCCGUGUGGAGGACAUCAUCUUGGAGCACUCUGUCACGGAUGGAUUGCUGGGACCCGGUGCCAAGUCUAGCACAGACACAGCAGGCACUGGAUGCUGUCUGUGCUAUCCCGAUUAGAACCCGGCCUGGCACAGUAGCCCCAGCCAGACUGUACUGCAAAGUGCAUCCACGUCUACACAAGCUGGACAGGACCAGCUGCAGCCCACGGCACUGACCAAAGCCCAGGGUGUACGUGCCUGUGUAUGGUGUCUGACGGCCACUCCUCCCAGGGGAAAGCGGAACCCUGUGGGAUCCCGGGGAACAGGGACGGCCCAGCCACAGUUCUGAGCCCCAGAGAAGGAAGCUCGGGGCUCAGUGUGGGCUCUUUUUAUUUCUGGCAGUGCCUUGGCCAGUGGUCAUGUUGCCCCUUCGAGGGCAGUUUUGCAGUGAUUUUUUUUUUUAAAGGAGAGAAGGGAGUGCAUCUGUUCAAUGGGGCAGGAAGUGCUGGCAGCAGCACACUGCUCUUGACGUGAGGUUGGACCGCGUCUCAAAUUCCCAGGUGCCUUGAGUCCUCUGGAAGGCUCCUGCUCCACCCACCCAUUUUCUACAUGUUUUGGUUUUUUUUUUAUAACCAUCUUUUGUAUACAAUUAACAAGAGUUUCUGGCUACUCAAAACUAGCCACCGCCAAUUCAGUCCACUCAUCCCUCCCAGUCAGUUCAUUAAUCGGCCAAUAAAGAUGUGAUUUUUGGAAUGGUCA